AUGAUGAAUCAGGUUGAAGCGCUUCGAUCGGCGGGAAUCGACGCCAGCUCCUUAAACAGCAACACGCCGCGCGCUGAGAGAGAUCGUAUCAAUCAAGAUUUGGCUAGUGGUCACCCGCGCAUCAGGCUACUCUACGUGACACCUGAAUUAUGCUCUGGAGACUCAUUUCGUAGACGCAUCAGGCUGGUUCAUGAGCAAUGCGAACUUGCCCGCGUCGCUGUAGAUGAGGCUCACUGCAUAUCAGAAUGGGGUCAUGAUUUCCGCAAAGACUUUAAGCGGCUGUCCUGGUUCCGAGAGACCUUCCCGCGUGUCCCUAUUAUGUGUUUGACAGCUACAGCUAACCCAGUGGUUCGUGAGGACUUGCUGAAGACUCUUGGUCUCCUACAGGAGCCUGAAAGGCUCAAAAGCUUUGUCAUGUCUGCCCACCGUCCAAAUCUCCAUAUCGAGAUUAGAUAUACCAAGGACCAAGACGACAAUCGUCUUUCUGAUUUCCUUGGCUGGAUACGGGGUGUGUAUGAGAGGAGACAGACCGAGCCGCGCAAAUCGGAGCUGGAAGCUGCCGGGGAGAGAUUCGACAAUGUUUCUGGCAUCAUAUAUACCAUUUCGCGGGACGAGUGCGAAUCGCUGGCAGCGCAGCUUAGAGACGAGGGCGUAGGGGCAAGGCCCUUUCACGCAAAACUCACCAAAGAGACCAAAGAACAAACAUUGGCUCGCUGGGUCAACAACGACGCCGGAUACGAUGUCAUUGUGGCUACCACGGCGUUUGGCAUGGGCAUUGACAAAAAUGACGUUCGGUUUGUUGUUCACUGGCGACUACCGAAAUCGUUUGAAGGGUACUAUCAAGAAGCAGGCCGCGCAGGCCGAGAUGGCAACGCGAGCUUCUGUUUCCUCUACUACAGCCGUGAGGAUUUACAAAGAGUGCAGAGCAUGAUCAGGAAGGGCAACCGCGACGGAUCGAACUGGGAGGCCCAGGCAAAGAGCCUGCAGAGACUCGCCUUGUAUUGUGAAGAUACGACGGCGUGUCGCCACGCUCAAAUAUGCAAAUAUUUCGGCGAGAGCGAGUUGCCGAGAUGCGACUUUGCCUGCGACUGGCAUAAGGACGCGCCAGCUCUUCAAAGGCGUAUGAUGCGCGGCUUGGCGGACGAGGAAUGGGUCAGUACGCAGGCUGAGUAUGGUCGGUAUGAAGGCUAUUACGAUGAUUAA